UCGGGUCUUUUUUUUUUUUUUAAGGCAGGUUUUUUUCCCCCUCUUGAUUCCCUCUGAGACUUUAGGCUCUUUCUCUCCAGUCCCACCCCCUUGCCUUCUCUGCAUCUGGGGAGCGAGCAAAGGACCCCACACCGCAGCCCCGUUUCCGGCUCCAUCCUUUCCCUUUGCUCCCCUCCCCCACCGCCUCCCCUCCUCUCUCCCCUCCCUCCCAAGCACUUGGAGCCAGGCAGAGAACCAACCAAAAAUAUGCUCUUUGAGGGGUUUGAUCUGGUCUCGGCUCUGGCCACCUUCGCCGCCUGCCUGGUCUCGGUGACUUUGCUUUUGGCCGUGUCCCAGCAGCUGUGGCAGCUGCGCUGGGCGGCCACCCGGGACAAGAGCUGCAAGCUGCCCAUCCCUAAGGGCUCCAUGGGCUUCCCCCUGAUCGGCGAGACGGGUCACUGGCUGCUCCAGGGCUCCUGCUUCCAAUCGUCCCGGAGGGAGAAGUAUGGCAACGUAUUCAAGACCCACUUGUUGGGGCGGCCGCUGAUCCGAGUGACGGGCGCGGAGAACGUGCGCAAGAUCCUUAUGGGCGAGCACCACCUGGUGAGCACCGAGUGGCCGCGGAGCACGCGCAUGCUCCUGGGCCCCAACACCGUAGCCAACUCCAUCGGCGACGUCCAUCGAAACAAGAGGAAGGCGAAGGCUGAUCUCCCUCUAUCCUCGCACCACGCCCCCCUCCCCAACUGGGGAAAGGAAGGCUUCCUGCUACCGAUUCUCUGGGAGGAGCCCCCUCCACCAACAGACCCGCUUGAUCCCUUGACCCCCUCCUUCCCUGCUCCAUUCCUCCCUUCCCUGUGCCCUGCAGGCACCGUGGCGGGGAUAGCAGCCCGCACCCCCUUCUUUGUAGCGCCCUCACUCUGCCGGAUCGCGCUCUGCCCGAGCUACGCGGUGCCCGUUCUCUCCCUCCUCCUGCCCCCUGGCGGUCUGUGGGACCCCCAGUGCCAAGUGACCUCCAGCGCCUCCGGUGGGAUUGUCUUUGGCGUUUUGGUGUCUCACGAUAGGCACGGG